CAAGUUAAUUUGUGUCAUUAAAUAACAUUCAACACCUUAAGUUUAAGACUACACUAAUCUAUUAUGUAGACUAUCUCUCUCUCAUUUAUUCUCUCUCUAUUGGUAUUAAUUUCUGUUUCCUGCAUCAAAGAGAAUCCAUCUUUGAUGAUAACACAUCCGAAACCAUACAUGGAGUCUUCUAGUGUCCAUCGCUAUCACCAUUGUUUCGAUAUAUUCAAAGGAAUGCCGCCACAGGACGAUCAUAACUCGACAUUCCUACCAAACGCUAAGUUCCACGUCCCAUUGCAGUCACCAAACAUAUCAACACGCAGCAACAACAACCGCGUUCACUUAAACCCAAACGUUUACGAGGGAGCCGUUCCAGACGAGAGAAGGGCGAAAAGAAUGGUCUCAAACCGAGAAUCUGCAAGAAGGUCGCGUGUGCGGAAGAAGAAGCAGAUAGAAGAGCUGCAGCAACAAGUGGAACAGCUGAUGAUCAUGAACCAUAACUUGUCCGAGAAAGUCAUCAGCUUGUUGGAAAGCAACCACCAGAUCCUACGAGAGAACUCGCAGCUAAAGGAGAAAGCCUCUUCUUUUCAAUUGCUCAUGUCGGAAAUGCUGAUACCGGUGAGACAUGUGGAUGGCAGCAGCAGCAUCAGUGACCGUAACCCGAAUCAUCAUCUCAUAGGAGAAGACUUCGAGCCGGGCCAACACUUUCUUUGGUAGGUAAACAAACAAAAAAAAGUUUCAUGUUCUUGGUGUGUGCUAAGUCAGUAAGCAGUAGUACGAUUGACCAAACAUAUAUAAUGUGACUAUUACUUCCACACUAGAAAUUGCUUUGCAUA